UUCAAUAGUCAGGUCGCAACAUAAAACGAGUUGGCAGGCUGUGGAAUAACAAUAAAGAAAAACAACGCAUUUAUUUUUCCACUAAAGGCGCUUAAGAAAUGUACUAAACGGGACGCGAUAAAGAUUCGCAACGAAAAUGUCGCUGGUGGAUCAUGACUCAUGGGAUAUCGAAUACGAGGGCUGCGAGCGUUUGAGGCAUCAAUUGCUGGUGCAGCUGAAUGAGCGACGACAGCUGCAGUCGAGUCCCACCUCGAGAGAAUAUGUGAAGCUCACCAACAGCAUAGAGUCUGGCCUGGAACAGUUGCGCAAGGAUGUAAACCGCCUCAAAGUUGUGCUAAACAAUGCCAUCACCUGGGAAACGAGUCCGGAGACGGAACUGCAGCAGCGACGCAUCAGUUUCGAUAAGCUCACCUCACAGCUGCGCGAGAUUGAGUUGAAAUUCACCAGCAGCACGCGUGCCAAUCAACUGGCGACAUCUAGCGGCUCAGUUUGGCAAAAUGCGGGUGCAACCGCAGCAGCAGCAACUCCAGGUCGACCCACAGAUGUGGAGUCCCUCAAGCGAAUGCAGGCGGAAAUUCUGGAGGAACAGAAUCGUGGCCUUGAGGCGCUAUCAAGAACCAUUGGACGUCAGCGUGACAUGGCCAUUGUGGUGGGCAACGAGGUGGAGACCCAGAAUACUAUUCUGGAUAACCUGUCCAACACCAUGGAUCGGGUGGACAACGGCUUGCAGCGGGAAACCCAAGGUAUUGGCCAAAUAAAUAGAACCGACAGCACCUGGGGAUAUUGGCUGGUCAUCAUUGGACUCUUUAUAGCCAUCAUUGUGACCAUAUUGCUCUAGCGGAAUGAGCGAAUCUGUACAUAUAUACAUUUACAUAUAUAUAUAUAUAUAUAUAUUCUGUGUUAUACUUGUCUCUAUGCAAAUUUCGUACAUUUUCUUGCAGUGUACGCGUGUCUGCAGUUCUUUAAGUGAACUGCCUGAUUCCAAAUAAUAUAUUAAUAUACAAAAUACGCUCAUUAUGGUCGUAUAUUGACCCUAUAUGUUUUAAUAAUCCUCUGAUUAACAAGAUUUUAUUAUGCCAAACUGUUGAAUAAAUUUUUUGACAAGCCCACCAA